AUGACGGACACUCUUUUACCAAACGGCAUCAAAGACAGCGGAGGAGCCGGCAGCUUCUUCAGAAAGGGUUGUAACCCGUUCGCUGCGACUGGACGAAGCAAACUGCAGAAUAAACGAGCCAGUCUGAACCAGCAGAUCAUCAAACAGAUGAGGAUGAGGGCCGGAGCUGAGAACCUGCUCAAGGCUACAUCUAACAACAAGGUUAAAGAGAUGGUUCUGUUGGAGCUGAGCUAUGUUAACUCCAACCUGCAGCUGCUGAUGGGACAGCUGGAAGGACUCAACAGCUCAGUGGAGGUCUACCAGAACACCCAGGAAACAGCCAGCAUCCCCCUCAUUGCUCUGGGUCUGAAGGAGACAAAAGACAUCGACUUCUCCAGUCUAUUCAAGGACAUCAUCUUGGAGCACUACAGUGAAGACGGGAACAGUUUUGAAGAUGAGAUUGCUGACCUGAUGGACCUGCGACAGGCUUGCAGAACACCAAGUCGAAACGAGGCCGGUGUGGAACUGAUAGCAAAAUACUCCAGUCAUCUUCCUCUGAUGGAGAGCCGAUUCUUCUCCCCAACCCGUCAGACUGGCAUCUUCUUCACCUGGUAUGACUCCUUCACAGGAGUGCCGGUGUGCCAACAGAACCUGUCCCUGGAGAAGGCCAGCAUCCUCUUCAACAUGGCCGCCCUUUACUCUCAGAUCGGUACCCGUAGUGACCGACAGACGAUAGUCGGCCUGGAGGAGGCCAUCUCUUCCUUCCAGAAAGCUGCAGGUAUCCUGAACCACCUGAAGGAGACGUUCACCCACACUCCCAGCUACGACAUGAGCCCAGCCAUGCUCAGUAUGUUGAUUCGGAUGAUGCUUGCUCAGGCUCAGGAGUGCCUGUUUGAGAAGACUGCACUGCCUGGGAUCCGAAACCAGUUCUAUUCCCUGAUGAAAAUGGCCCAGGAGGCUGCAAAGGUCUCAGAAAUCUACGACCAAGUCCAUCAGUCCAUGAUCCAGACGCCAAUCAAAGACAAUGUCCCGUUCUUCUGGUCCACCAUGUCGCAAGUCAAAACCAACCACUACCGCUCCAUGGCACACUACUUUGUAGCCUCAGCGCUCCUGGACCACCAGUUGGGCCUCCGUGACGAUGAGGACCAGCAGGAGAAGACCUUGUCACAGGUCUAUGAUCGUCUUCCUGAGGGACGCUCUCCUCUUGACAUCCUGAGAAGGAAAGAUGAACGUGAACGCAUUGGUAAGGCGCACAUUCGCCGGGCCAUACUGGGUCAUGAGGAGGCUCUGAGGAUCUAUAGUUUGUGCCACCACCUGAACAAGCUGGAGGUCCUGCAGGACAUUUUAAGAGCCAGCCUUCAGCGCUCGCUCAACAAGUGUACCGAAAACGAAGAUGAGGAGGAGUUUGCUGACUACACGGAGGCCCCAGACAUCAUCUCUAAAACGGAGCACAAAGCAGAGAUGGAGGUUCCCCCAACCACAAAGGUGAAAGUCACAGACUUCUUCCAGAGGCUGGGCCCUCUGUCAGUCUUCUCAGCAAAGCAGCGGUGGACAGCCCCACGGACAAUACAGCUUCACCCAGAAGACAGAGACCUGAGCUUUACCCUAAAAGGAGAAUCACCAGUCCAGGUGGUGUCGUUGGACCCCCUCUGCCCAGCUGCUGCCGACGGUCUAAAAGAGGGCGACUACAUUGUUGCCGUGGAUGACACAGAUUGCAAAUGGAUGGGCGUGAGCGAUGUGAUGCGGCUGCUGAAGGAUGUGAACGAGGAAGGGAUUGACAUCCAGGUGGUCAGCAUUAUGGACAACAACCCUCCGAUGCCUACCAAGAGUGCCACCUUCUGUGGAAACCUGCCUAAGACCUACUCCAUGAUUUGUCUGGCCUAUGACGACGAAGACAAGAGCCCCAAGUCCCGGAAAGUAACCAAGAAGUCAUCCUUCCUCAACUUUGGUCUGAAGAACAGGCUGAAGAGUGCCAGCACCCUCAGCCUUCCCACAGCGGACCACUCCGGUGCCCUUCCCUGGAAUAAACCCUGUCCUACGUUCCCCAGCUCCAGCUCCUACAACAACGACAGUGCCCUCUACUGAGCAAGCUGCAGACUUUUUACUGUCUGCAAGCAUCGUGCCGUAUGCAUAUAUGGCUGUGUUACAGUACUGUGUUGUACCCAUACUGGACCUGCUAUGGUACAGUACCUGUGCCCUUUGGUGUUUCCAAACUGAAAACUGAGCAGUGGUGUAUGUAGCUUGUAUGUCACCAGUGUACUCAAGACAUUUCUGCCAGCUACCUUGGAAAGUAGCUGUGGCAAACACUGUAUAUAAGGUGCCUUUUGUUGGUACACGGGGGCUUUCCCAGAACAGUUGAGUACCUGAAGUAAACUGGGCCGCACAUCAAAACAUAAUGGGAAAUCAUUCUAGACCAUGCCAGUAUGCGUACAGCACAGUACAACUGCACUGUGGGAAAACAACUGCCAGUCUAUAUAUAUAUAUACACACACACACAGCACUGAGACAGGCCUCUAAGUUAAACUGUCAUCUCUGUAUGUUUUCUUGAAGAAAGGCUCCAGACGAAUUGAAGGAUGAAAAACAAAGUUGUACAAACACACCCAGUGUCGGUUUCUACUCGACUGCAAAGGGGGUCAUUUUACUGUGGCUCCAGCAAUCCCUUGUUAGUUCCAUUGUGUACGGAUGUAGCUGUGCACAUUCAUGUUCUCUGUGUAUCAUGUCAUGUUUCAUACUGUAUAUGUGAAGGAUUAGGUCAUUGCCACAAUAUUUGUUGCAAUCAGUGGAACAGCGUUGGUGUUGGAAAUAUGUACAUUUUCUGAAUAGAUAUGUAGAUGUUAUGAACCUUGUUGCAGUAUGUUUAACAGUGAUUUGAGGGGAAAACUAAUUGUGCUGCGCAGUUGUUGUUCUUGUCUGGGGAGAGUUGAAUGCAAGGUUCUAUAAGCUGCUAAACAAAUGUUAUAUAUAUAUACCUUGAUUAUGUAUUAUUGUCACUUUUGUAUUUGUAAUCCUCAGCCUUUGAGGAUUGUUGUUUCUGCUGAGUGUCAUGCCUGGGACACAGUGUAAAUGGAAUAUUGGUGUUUUUAGGUUUACUUAAUGUACCAGCCAUGCCCCAAGACCAAAAUGCCUCCAUGUCCCCAAUAUGCCAGGAUGUACCGUAGACCAUCCUGACUCAUCUUACCCAGCUCUGGCCCUCUUUAUCAGUGCUUGUGCCGUCUGGCAGUUUGUCCAUUUGUAAGAAGAGCACAAGCUGCAUGUCUGUUAAUGUGAAUCUUGAUGUAGUUUAAAGGUUGUUUUGUCUCCAGAAGGGAAGAAUGUGAGCAGGGCGAUGACAUUCCUGUCGUCGUACCUGGACAACUGCCGGUCACCCAACAGUGACUUUGAUCAAAGCCCGCAGUCAGGUUUCUACUAUUUGUCUCUACCUGUGUUAAUCCUAGUCACAUCCCACACUUUUACUGACACUUUGCAGUGUUGGACUUUCUCUUUAUCUACAAAGUAGAUUAUUAUUAUACACAUUUGAUAAUCAAAUUAUUUAUGUAACAAAAAAUACGCAAAAAUAAAAAAAUAUAUAUAAACUUGUAGGUUUUAGAUCUAGUUUGUGAAUGGUCAAGUUGUGAAUUUUUGCACGUUGGACUUCUUGGUUGGUUUCUUGGUUGGUUUCUUGGUUGGUUUCUUGGAGGAAUGUAUUUUACUAGCCUUGCUUAAUCCUUUGGUGAACUUAUAUACUGGUACAUUUUAUCUAUGUAAAGAUAUUUUUUAAAUGUUUUAAAAUGGUAACACUGAGAAGAUGUAAUGCUCUUUACUGUCUCUGUUUACCUAAUGUGGUGUCUGAAGUGCCAUUUGUGCUUAAUUAUGAAGGAAGAUGUCACAAUAAGUGUAUGUGCAGUAAUCGAUGAAUAUUACUAAGUGCUAACAGAGAGAAUGUUGUCGCCUUAACAGAUCUUCACAUGCAUUUCACCUUACACACUGAUCCUAAAUGCCUAGGUCUGUGGUUCCUGUUCUAAGUUUCAGGUUGCCUUUCUAUCUUUCUCUGUAUUGUGUGCUGCAUAGCAACUGUGGUGUGAAAGCUGUGUCUGUAAGUCUCUGUGUCAUAUGUAUAAACUCAAAUCUCAAUAAAAGGGGGACAAAAAUCA